UAGUCUGGUACGUAAAGCGCUUGCGUCAAUGUUUUUGAAGGCCCGUGACUAGCCAGCGUGCUAAUCAAACAUUCGGAACGUUACAAAGAAUUUUAAUUAUUACUUACCGUCAAGUUGCAGCUUUUAUAACUUUAUACGCCACCUUGUUUGAGGUCGGUUCAGUUUUCAUCCAGAAUGUCCUUCCCCCCUCACCUAAAUCGGCCGCUGUUGCCCCCACCUGGGAUACCUCCACAAUAUGCAGGUUUCCCCUCAGGCACACCAAUGAUCCCAGUUCAUGUGGGCAUCAUGACCUCCACCCCAGCAGUGAUGGUUCCCUCUGUGCCCGUGGUUAGUAAGCCUCCAGUCCAUAAGAAGGAUAUUGCUCCUCAGCGAGCCAAGGACAACGACGAGAGCAGUGGACCUACCACCACAGUGUUUGUGGGGAACAUAUCAGAAAAAGCUUCAGAUAUGCUGAUCAGACAGCUGCUUGCUAAAUGCGGGAUUGUUCUGAGUUGGAAGAGGGUUCAAGGAGCAUCUGGCAAGCUUCAAGCUUUUGGGUUUUGCGAGUACAAGGAGCCAGAGUCCACACUGCGAGCCCUUCGGCUGCUUCAUGAUCUUCAGAUUGGAGACAAGAAUCUAUUAGUGAAGGUGGAUGCCAAAACUAAAGCUCAGCUGGACGAGUGGAAGGCUAAGAAAAAGACUGCCAAUGGGAAUAAUAAGGCUGAGGAUGGAGGUGAUGAUGAAGAGGAGGUUCUAGAUGAGGAAACAAAGAAGAAGGAUCAGAUCGUCAAAGGUGCUAUUGAUGGACUGAUGAGGGAAUAUGCUGCAGAGCUCAACGCACCUUCAACAGAUGAGGACUCUCAGCGAAGAAAGAGGAAAAAAGAGAAAAAAGAGGAGGAUGACAUCAACACAAUUGACAUGGAGGAGGACAAGAGAGACCUGAUCUCCAGAGAGAUUAGUAAAUUUCGAGACACCCACAAGAAACUAGAAGAAGAGAAGGACAAGCGGGAGAAGGAGCGGCUGGAGUUUGAGCGGGAGAGGAGGGAGCGGGAAAAGGAACGGGAGCGGGAACGAGAGCGGCGAGACCGUGAGAGGGAGAAGGAACGGGAGCGGGAACGAGAGAGGGAAAGGGAGCGAGAGCGGGAGAGAGACAGAGACAAGGACCGUGACCGCAGGACAAGAGAGAGGGAGCGAGACCGAGAAUGGGAGAGGGACAGAAGCCGUGACAGGAGCCCUGACCGCAGCAGAUCCAGAGAGGUGAGUCGCGACAGAGACAGAGAAAAGAAACGAGACCAAGAGGAUGAAGAAGAGGCAUAUGAACGCAGGAAGCUGGAGAGGAAGCUCAGAGACAAAGAAGCAGCCUAUCAGGAGCGUCUAAAAAACUGGGAGCUCAGGGAGAGGAAGAAGGCACGGGAUUAUGCCAAGGAGUCUGAAAGAGAAGAUGAACGCCGGCGUGAAAUGGUUAAGGAAGGCAAACGGUUAAAAGAGUUUCUUGAAGACUAUGAUGAUGAACGAGAUGACCCCAAGUACUACAGGGGCAGUGCGCUGCAGAAGCGACUCAGAGACCGAGAGAAGGAGAUGGAAGCGGACGAGCGUGACAGGAAGAGAGAGAAGGAGGAGCUGGAGGAGAUCAGACAGAGGCUGCUAGACGAGGGACAUCCAAACCCAGACGCAGAGCUACGCAGGAUGGAGGAGGAAGAGGAGGAGCGUCUCAGACAACCUCCCAUCAUCCAAGAGCCAGAGCCCGUAGUGGAACGGGAACGCCACAGGGGUUCAAGAGACCACAGAGACCGCCGACAGGACCACCAGGACAGAGGAGAGUCCAGAUCAAGGCCCGCCCACUCAGAUGAUGAGGUGGAGGAGGGCGAGGAUGAUGAUUAUGACAAUGAUGAAGAUAACCCUGAUGUGAAACCUUGCUUGAAGCCAACAAUGCGGCCAAUCACAGCAGCACCCUCAGUGUCAUCGGCCAGUGGUAAUGUGUCCCCAAACACACCGGGAGAGGAGUCCCCCUGCGGCAUCAUCAUCCCCCAUGAGAACUCGCCCCCUGAGGCACUGCCGCAGGAGGAGCACCGGCCAAAGAUCGGCCUCAGUCUCAAACUGGGUGCCACAGGAAGCCCCAGUCAGCCCAACACAGGGAAGAGGAAGAAGCUGCCUGUGGACAGUGUCUUUGACAAGUUCGAUGAUGAGGAGGCAGAUGAGCAGCCUCGCAAGAGGAAGCUGGUGCCCCUUGACUAUGAUGAUGACAAAAGCCUUGGGGUGGAUGGAGCCGGUCUCUCCAGCAUAAAGGGGGCCAACUCAGAGGAGAAACGGAAACACAUCAAGAGUCUGAUAGAAAAGAUUCCCACAGCGAAGCCUGAACUGUUCUCCUACCCACUCGACUGGUCCAUGGUGGACACGACAUUAAUGGAGCGACGUGUUCGGCCGUGGAUCAAUAAAAAGAUCAUCGAGUACAUCGGGGAGGAGGAGCCAACGUUAGUGGACUUUGUCUGCUCUAAGGUGAUGGCUCACAGUAUGCCACAGAGUAUCUUGGAUGAUGUUGCCAUGGUUCUUGAUGAAGAAGCCGAAGUCUUCAUAGUGAAGAUGUGGAGGUUACUCAUUUAUGAAACUGAAGCAAAGAAGAUCGGACUGGUGAAAUAAGCAAAAACUACACACAUAACGAAGAUAAACAUUCUUUUUCUCAAACAUUGUGUAAAAUAGUGUAGCGCAGUGUCAUCCCAAACAAACUGUAACUUCAGAUCCUCAUCAUCCUCAGAUUCACAUCAGUCAUUCAGGUCACAUUUCUGUCUUCUCAACAUACUCAGGCUACGUUCACCACCCCUUUCUGUUUGCAGGUGCUGACUGUGUCUGUGUGCUUUUGUGUAAAUACAGUAUACAUCCUUAUUGGACUGUGAUGAAUAAUUCUGAGGAGACUGCUGACAGAAACACCACUGUUGUGUUGCUGGAUAAGGUGUUUUUGCUCCUAUAUUUGAUUUAAACACUCACCAUCACAUUCUACAGGAGUGGUUAAGACAAUUAACAUUUAUGUUAAAGUCUCCUGAAAUUAUCGACAGGUGUGUUAAGUGAACACAAAUCUGAGAGUAUGCAAAAUACAAGGAUGUGAUUUUUUUUUAAGGUUUAUUUAUUCAGGGUUUUGGACUCAGCUCCAGUUUCUGUCAAGUCCUCCCUCUCUACAUUCUCUGUACCACAUUCCUGAUGGUGGUGUCGGCAUGCUCUCACCCUCAGACCAUUUCAAAAAAAGCACCUUGUCAUUUAAAAUGUGACGAGACCCACUGAAUAUCUCGGGUGGUGACAUCCUCCUGCUGUCAAAGCACACGCAUUCAAAACACAUCAUAACCACUAUAAGAUAAUGAGCUCAGAACAGGAGAGGAAACUUUUGGUCUUGAAGUUGUAAAGAUGAUCUCCAUUUGUUUUUGUAUUGGUGAACAUUUGAAUAAAACAGAUUUUUAUAACCGUUUGAACCACUUAUUAACUCUCCCUACCUCUGUAAUCUAUCACUGAUAUUUAAGUUACUUUUAGACCAUGGCCCUAGUUAGAUUUGAUCCAAUUUGAGAACUUCAACCAAAAAACUCUUUCGUUCUUGUAUUUAAACUCAUAUUGAUAUAGAACUGAAUCAGUCAUUAACAUUUAACAGCACAGACUCAUUAAAUAAUUAGCAAGGCCAUGGCACAUGGAUCAAACAGUGACUUAAUGAUUUAAUUCAGUCUCAGCUAGGAUGACAAAUUAAAUGUGGAGCAAUUAUCUUAAAUGUUUAAUAAACACUUGCAGGAACAAGCUUACUCAGCCGUUUCUAGUUUCAAAGCCUUGCUUUAAAGCUUCUGUCAGGAACUGUUGGUUUGUGUUGAUUUUAGUGACAAAGUGGUCUUUGCUGAUCUUGUCCUGAACCUACUUGAACAGCGUUUUUCAUUAAACAUCAUAAGCUGUUGUUUCACUCUGAGGUGAAAAAGUUUUCAUUUUCAGCAUCAGUCACAAGCAACACGUCAUGACGGCUCAUGUCUGAGUAUUUCACACUGGCAAAUUGGCCUAUGCUGUUUUAAAGCAGUGGUUCUUAAUCUCAACUGAUGGGUCAGGACCUGAAACGGCGUCACAGAGCUGGCUUCAUUAGGUCCCUAAUGUGAGCCUGGAAAUUAAUUGCCAAAGUUUAUGCCUUAAAGCUCUACAUGUGACAACUUUCGUGAAUGUUAUUUUUCUGAGCUCAUGACUGACAUAUCUAAUAUUCUUAGAUCAAAAUAAUCUGAAAUUCCCAUGAUGUUCAUUUCUUGAGAUCUCAAGGAAACAGAGUAGAAUAAAAUGUGUGAACAAGCUUUUAAAAAUAUUUUUGUCCUGCUCUUUGUGAAGACUCACUCAUGCUCCAUCUUGGGUCCAAACUGCAGCAUUUUUAGAAACUCUGGAUGCGAUUCUUUAUUGAGGUGGUGGGUAAUGAGGCUAGACCAGUUGAGAGCCUCUGGUUUAUAACUCAUAGCCAGCUUUUAAGAUUUAAAAAAGUUUUUCAAAUUUGUCUUGUGCGCAGCAUUUUACGGCAAGUUACUUGAGAUUUUGAGGAAUCAACUUUUUAUCACAGGAACACAAAAUAAAAUGUAGGAUUAUUGAAAGAAAAACAAUCAUGGCCAAUAUAAUUGGCUUUUUUGCUA